AUGGCUGCAACUAACUUUCCCGAUAACGACAAGCCGAAAGGUAUCGAGUCGCUGGAGCUGAUUUGUGAAAACAAGCUGGUAGCCACAUUCGGUGAUGUACGCGACGAACUUGAGCUAUUGCACGAGAAGGCGUUGCUCGACGCUGAUGUUGUGAAAUUGGGGCUUGAUUCUCGGAGCAAAUCGAUUUACUAUGAGCUGAAAGUUGCACAUGGAGCGAACAGGAAAUUGAACAAUCAGCUCCCGAGCAAUGAAGAGCUUCAGGCGGCAAGGAAAGUGCUCAUUGAGCAUGUCGAAAGAGAUUUUUGGCUGGAGAGGCUGAGGUCAAGGCUGUUCAAAAUGUGCUCUAUAUGGCAAGAAAAAGUGGAGAAUGUUGAGUGGCGCCAGAUCCGUGUGGUCAAGGAUAAGGAUGAGAAGCAUGCCAAGAGGGAGAUCAAGGAGGAUGAUGAUGAGCUGUGGGAACUUCGGGAAGAAUGGGGCGAAAAGAUUUAUGAGGUUGUGACCACGGCCCUCAUGGAGAUGGAAGAAUACAGCCCGGGCGGCCGUUAUGUGGUUCCCGAGCUCUGGAACUUUAAGGAGAAACGCAUGGCCUCGCUCAUGGAGGUCAUCGACUACAUUUAUGAGAUCAAAAUCCUCAAGCGCUAG